GGGCCGACAGGGAGUGAGAGCGCGCGCGAGGCGGCGGGCCUAGGUUAGCCGUUCCAGCGGAGCCCACUCACGCCGCCGUCCGCGUUCGCGUCCGGGGCCCAGCCUCUCAGCCCGGCCCGGUCCGGCCUUCCCGCGGACGAUGAACGGAGGAUAAAUGAUGCCCAAGGCGGACAGCGGUGCCUUCUUGCUGCUCUUCCUGCUCGUGCUCACCGUCACCGAGCCGCUGCGGCCAGAGCUGCAGUGCAACCCUGGGCAGUUUGCCUGUCGCAGUGGCGCCAUCCAGUGCAUCCCCCUCCCCUGGCAGUGCGACGGCAAGCCUACGUGUGCGGAUGAGAGCGACGAAGCUGACUGCCCAGAAGUGACCGGAGAAACUCGUCCUUACCAUGGGAAAGAGGCUGUGGACCCGCGGCAGGGGCGGCCCCGCGGAGGCGACCCCACACACGUCCACUCGGUGAAUGUGGCGCAGCCCGUCCGCUUCAGCAGCUUCCUAGGGAAGUGCCCAACCGGGUGGCACCAUUAUGAAGGCACGGCCAGCUGCUACAGGGUCUACCUGAGUGGAGAGAACUACUGGGACGCCGCCCAGACCUGCCAGCGCGCCAACGGCUCCCUGGCCACCUUCUCCACCGACCAGGAGCUGCACUUUGUCCUGGCCCAGGAAUGGGACCAGCCGGAGCGGAGCUUUGGGUGGAAAGACCAGCGCAAGUUGUGGGUUGGCUAUCAGUACGUCAUCACUGGGCGCAACCACUCCUUAGAGGGCCGCUGGGCUGUAGCGUUCAAAGGUUCCUCAGACGUGUUUCUGCCCCCAGACCCCAUCUUUGCCUCCGCCAUGUCUGAAAGUAACAACGUGCUCUGCGCCCAGCUCCAGUGCUUCCACUUCCCCACCCUGCGGCAGCACAACUUGCACAGCUGGCACGCCGAGAACUGCUACGAGAAGUCCUCCUUCCUCUGUAAAAGAAGUCAGACAUGUGUUGACAUCAAAGACAACGUGGUGGACGAGGGCUUUUCCUUCACCCCCAAAGGGGACGACCUGUGCCUGAGCUGUACCUGCCAUGGCGGGGAACCGGAGAUGUGUGUGGCCGCCCUCUGCGAGCGGCCCCAGGGCUGCCAGCAGUACCUGAAGGACCCCAAGGAGUGCUGCAAGUUCAUGUGUCUGGAUCCAGAUGGCAACAGCUUGUUCGACUCCAUGGCCAGCGGGAUGCGCCUGAUCGUCAGCUGCAUCUCCUCCUUCCUGAUCCUGUCGCUGCUGCUCUUCAUGGUCCACAGGCUCCGCCAGCGGCGCCGGGAGCGCAUCGAAUCCCUGAUCGGAGCAAACUUGCACCACUUCAACCUCGGCCGGAGGGUCCCUGGCUUCGACUACGGUCCAGAUGGCUUUGGUACCGGGCUGACUCCACUGCACCUCUCCGACGAUGGGGAUGGUGGGGCUUUUCACUUCCACGACCCCCCCCCACCCUACACAGCAUACAAGUACCCUGAUCUCGACCAGCCCAAUGACCCACCACCGCCCUACGAGGCCUCCAUCAACCCAGACAGCGUGUUCUUCGACCCUGCAGAUGACGAUGCCUUUGAGCCCCCGGAGGCCAGCCCGCCAGCCCAAGGGGACAGUGACGGUGAUGGGGCUUCCCCUAUGCACCUGGAGCAGCCUCUGCCCCCUGUGGGGGCAUCGCUGGCAGACCUAGAAGAUUCAGCCGACAGCAGCAGCGCUCUGCUGGUGCCCCCAGCCCCCACCCCGAGCGAGAGCGCACCAGCUGCAGAAGCCCUGCUGGGGGGCAGCCUACACGGCCGGGGCUCCUUCAACACGGUCGUCUAGAGGGUAGCCCAGCCACCUCGGUGGCUCUUAAGAACCUGUCGGCCCUGGACCUCGCCUGGACCCAGCUCCACUGCCGCUAACCCCACCACCCCAACGUGCGUGCGCAUCCAGAGACAUGCUGGGACGUGAGACCCGGUCAUCAGGAGAUCCCAAGGGCCUCACACACAUGCAUAGCUUUGGGUCACUGUCUUUUUCUUGGUAAAUGGCGGAAGGAAGAUCACAAUCGCUCAGACUAUGUGCCAUGGGCCGGGGCGCUGAGGCCAACCCACACAUGCACUGUGCUUGUGCCGCUCCAGUGUGCCCUCUGCAGACGGGUGGCCUCCCAGGACGUCAGCAACCCAGGCAGAGCUGGGUGCGGGCCAUAGGGGCCUUGCAAAACUCGGCUGGACCCAAAAGGCUUCAGCUUCACAGGGUCUGCAUCAGGACAGGCACUCCAGUGGCUGCCUGUGCUCAAUCUUCCCUGGGGGGGGUCCCAAAGCCCAAGACCUCACCCUGACCUGGAGGCUUCUCUGGCCUUGAGAGGAAUAUGGAAGGCUGGCAAGCUUCCUGCCUGCCACCCACCCACAUGCUCACUCCUAGUAGGACUGCCUCCUAUGCUCCCAGGAGCCUUUGCAGCAUGGGAUGGGGAGGUCCUCACCCUUGGCCCCAGAAGCCAGCUCUUGUCCCACCUAGAGCCCUGCUGCUGCUGGCUUGGCCCCUGGCCUGACCUCUCCUCUUCCUCAGUCACUUCGUUUGUGCCAUAAAGGGUGUAGCUUGGCUGGACGGUAGCGUCAGUGACCAUCCUGGGUCAUUCUCUCCUGAAAGCCCCUGUCCUGCCCACUAAACGACCGCUGGGGAUAAAGGCCUGGGCUGUUUGCUCACCUGACAGUGCAGCCCCAGGCACACUCGGUAUUUCUGAGGUUGCAGACAACUCCGUUCUGUGCAAUUUUUAGCACAUCCAUAUCUUUUCUACAUGGAAUAUCUGGAGUGAGUGAGUGUAUAUGCAUCUAUGUGUAUGUUCGUACGUGUGUGUGCUGACAGGUGGUGGCAGUAAACAGGAACUCAGGUGAGGCGGCAGAUCCCCAGGAUGCAUCUCUUGUCCUUUCACCUUCCAGACCAGGAUCACGAGCAGCAACAGGCUGCUGGUCUAGUGACAAGCCUCUGGAGCAUAUCCUACAAGAAGAUGAUCCCCAGAGUGACCUGACCAUUGAGCUGCCCUGUCCCAGCAAAGCCCAGCAAUGUGCUGGCCGGCACUGCUGAAGGGGCCCUGUUUGCCUUGGGACGGACCUGCCACUGGGAAGUGUACCGUGUGCCCAUGCUGCAUGCUCCAACUGGCAUGGCUCUGAUCCACACCCAAGAGCCACAGUGACAGUCCAGCUGCUGCCGCCAAGUGUCUCAAGUGUACGAGGACCACCCUGGGCCUGUCUUGAGCAGUGCUGAGGGUCCCCACCCAGGAGCCCAGACACAAGACUGGUUGGGCCCCUGUAGGAGGUACAGGGGUGGACCUGCCUCUGCCGGGCCCUUCCCAGUGGCUCCCUUCCCUUCACCUGGCCCCCUCAACCAACCACUGGGUGUCCAGAGCCCUGCUCUCCACCUCAUUGGUCUGGGUAAUGGUGGCUCUAGGUGAGGUGGGCAAGGAGAGCUAGUGUCCGUUCAGCCCUCCCCACUUCCUGUGGGCCACCUGCUAUGAGGUAGGAUUUUGCUCCUUGGCCAGCCAGCCACCCCCAGAGCUGGAAUUUGAUACUGUACAUGGUCCCCAUGCCUGUUUUGUGUUCUUUCACUAAGGGUUCUUGGUUGGGUUUAUUUGGGGCUGGUUUGACACUAAUCCUUUUCUUAUGAGAACCAUUUCAUCCAAAUGCCAAAUAAAUGUGUUCUGAGA